CCCGAGGGGCCCCUGCAGCCUCUGCUCGCGGACGCCGCGCGAGCCCGGCCGGGGAGGCAGGGAGCUGGUGGGUCCCGGUGGAAGUCUCCGGGGCUGUCUGAUCGCGCCUUCUCCCCGUCCUCCCGUCCCCUCCUCCUCCUAGGUGCAGAGAUUGUGGGCAGACUAUGUAAUCGCCGCGGAGGGGGAAGAGGAGGGAUCGGCGCUCUCCCGCGGCGGCGGCGGCUCGGCUAGGCGGAGUUUCGCGGCGGCUGCGCCCGCGGGCGACGAGGUCGCUCCGUCCAGCCCGGCGUCCCCGAGGCGUCCCGGCAGCGAGCGCGCGCCCCGCUCUCCCCCCCCCCCCCCCCCGUGCCGCCCCGGCAGCCCCCCGCCAGCAUGGAGAAGGACGGCCUGAGCCGCGCCGACCAGCAGUACGAGUGCGUGGCGGAGAUCGGCGAGGGCGCCUACGGGAAGGUGUUCAAGGCCCGCGACCUGAAGAACGGCGGCCGCUUCGUGGCUCUGAAGCGCGUGCGGGUGCAGACCGGCGAGGAGGGCAUGCCGCUCUCCACCAUCCGCGAGGUGGCGGUGCUGAGGCACCUGGAGACCUUCGAGCACCCCAACGUGGUCAGGUUGUUUGAUGUAUGCACAGUGUCACGGACAGACAGAGAAACGAAACUGACACUAGUGUUUGAGCAUGUUGAUCAAGACCUGACCACUUACUUGGAUAAAGUCCCAGAGCCUGGAGUACCCUCAGAAACCAUAAAGGAUAUGAUGUUCCAGCUUCUCCGAGGUCUGGACUUCCUUCACUCUCACCGAGUAGUGCAUCGCGAUCUGAAACCACAGAACAUUCUGGUCACCAGCAGUGGACAAAUAAAACUGGCUGACUUCGGCCUUGCCCGCAUCUAUAGUUUCCAGAUGGCCCUUACCUCAGUGGUCGUCACGCUGUGGUACCGAGCCCCAGAAGUCCUCCUCCAGUCCAGCUACGCCACCCCCGUGGACCUCUGGAGCGUCGGCUGCAUAUUCGCAGAAAUGUUUCGCAGAAAGCCCCUUUUUCGUGGAAGUUCAGAUGUGGAUCAACUAGGAAAAAUCUUGGAUGUGAUUGGACUCCCUGGAGAAGAAGACUGGCCUAGGGAUGUUGCCCUUCCCAGGCAGGCUUUUCAUUCCAAAUCUGCCCAACCCAUCGAGAAGUUUGUGACAGACAUUGACGAACUAGGCAAAGACCUACUUCUGAAAUGCUUGACAUUUAAUCCAGCUAAAAGAAUAUCCGCCUAUGGCGCUCUGAAUCACCCGUACUUCCAAGAUCUGGAUCGGUACAAGGACAACCUGCAUUCCCACCUGUCAUCCAGCCAGAGCACCUCAGAGCUGAACACAGCCUGAGGUUCUCCAGGGAUGGCAUGAGCUAAUCAUCUGAACACACUGGUGGCUGACGGGUCCCCUGAGCAAGCCUUGCGGAGCCGUUGACGAUUGCUGGCUACAGGCCUUCCAGCUUCUGGACGGGUCCAUGCUUCACCAAGGAAACCACCUACUCUGCUGUUCAGAAAUCAAUGCAAGAGUGAUUGCAGCUUUAUGUUCGUUCACUUGUCUGUCUGUCUGUCUCAAGAACCUGGAAAACUUCCAGAAGAGAAGCUGCUGACCAAUUGUGCUGCCAUUUCGUUUUCUAACCUUGAAUGCUGCCAGUGUAGGGUGGUAAUCCAGACCCAGCUGAGUUAUGGUGUAAUCUCCCUGUAGCUGCUGGAGCUGCUUUGGUACUUGUGAGUGUGUGUGUGAGAGAGAGAGAGAGAUCCCUGAUCUCAAAAAGUGUUACUUUUUGUAGGUAAUAAGAAUAGUUGAAUUGUAGAGACUAGAGGUGACCGAUAGGAACAAAGACCCUUUUAAGUGAAAGGUGAUACCAAUGGCGUCUUCUCUAGUUACCAAGGUGAACCUAUGUCCUCAGCAUUUCCUUCCUGCCCAAAAGCUUCUGCUAGCAAUAAACAGUACAGUUUUAGACACCAUAAAAAUGAGAACGCAAAGGGGAGUAUCUUUUAAGAGAUAUCUUUUAAGAGACUAUUUUUAAGCAUGCAUUCUUCUGUUUACUCUUUGGAAAGCUGAAUUUUACUUGUCCUAAAUCCUAUAUAUAGCACAGUACAUAAUUGUCUCUUUUGGGAAAGACCCUGUAAACAUUUUAUGACUUGCCGUAGAUUUAGGAGGUGAGUGUACCUCAAAUAGGUUUUAAAGAUAGAGAAAGACUCUAUUUUCUGGUUUGAAAUAUUGAUAUUUCCUUUGCUUUCUUGUUAUUUUGUUCUUUGUUGUAGGGAGUGGCUUCCUUCUCGGGUUUGGAGCUGCUUCUGAACAGAGGCAAGAAUGCUACUCAUUUCUCUCCUCCUGCCCUGAACUGUCCACGGCACCUUUGCCAGUUUGCCACAUUCUGCCUUGUUAGCAGAGUUCCCCCUUUCUUGUCACCAGCACUUCUAAUCAGACACCUACCAUUGCCUAACUAAUGACAGGUUACCUGGCCCACCACCCCCACACCCCACCUGCUGGCUGAAUGCUUUCACUGAAUGCUUUGAAAAUGGCUUCCUUAUGGCAUACGGCUUCAAUUCUACAACCCUUAACGGGAUGACCUACACCUGCUUUGCACAGUCUUCCCAUCUACUGUCACUGAGAUCACCUAGGCAGCGUAGACUACUUGUUCUGGGUGUCACCAGCACAUAGAGUACUAUCAACUGUCACUUGGUGUUUUACAUUUUUGUAGGGUAUAUUGUCAGUGUAAUGUCUGAGGUGUGUCUUCUCCUUUUGAGAGGUAACUGUUUACCUUCUAACAGGAUCUCUCUGACCAUCCCCAGGAUGUGUUUUUUUGUUUUUGUUUUUGUUUUCUCAUGCCUUUGUGCACAGCCCUGCUUUCUGCAGAGCCAGCCUGGCCUGGGCAUUAUGAAAAACUGUACCUUGCUAUUCUGUCUUGGUCCUUUAUAUACCAUGCCAUCUUUGCCUUAUCCAUGGCAUCGUGCUAAGGCAGCACUAACUAAAAGUGUAAAAUGCAGCUUUGGGAAAGGUUAGCUGUGUUUUCACUCCUGUGUGAAGUACACAUAGCUGAAAACUAGAUCAUGUUUCAGUGUAGAACUUUGAAUGAACGGCUGCAGUUUCACACAGUAGGACAGGCUUCAGGUGGUGUUUCUGUGUUAUGGAGCCUUACUGAAUUUUUAGGUGAAUAAAGCCUGUGUUUGUGUAGUAUGGCGGGGAGUUAGUUGCCUUUCCUGAGGGCCUGGGAGGUGGGGGGAGUCAUUCUUUCUUAAUAACGUUUAUUACAUUCUUCUGAUUCAGUAUCUUGGGAAACAGGAUUUUUGUUUUCAAAAGCUAGGGUGUGAGAAUGCUCAUCACUUCAUCAUUACAGCGCUAGGGUCUGUUGUCGGCACUGCCACAGCUUGAGACAGAAUCAGCCCGGAGCCUCUGCAACAAGGCCUGCUCUAGGCCUCACACACACAUUGCCUUUAAACAAGAUACGAAAUACAGACUUUUUUGCUGGGGCCUAGAAAUCAAACAUGAAACUCACUACAUCGUGGCCUACUCCAUGUUGGAUUAGCAUCCGUGUGAUAAAGUUAAAAUAAUUUUGAGGGUUUUGCUUUCGCAGAAAAAAAAAAGGUUUUUUGAUUUUACUUUCACAGAAAAAAAAAAAGGUUUUUUGGUUUGCCGUCCCCCACCCCCAUAGCUUUGCUCAAGAAAAAUACAGCUAUCCUAAACUGGAAUCUUUCUGUAUUCUUUAGAGUUUUUAAGUCUAGAGUUUAAUUUCAUUUUUGUCAUGUGUUUUGGGAUUAUUUUUAAGUAGUUUUGGUUUGGGUUUUUUUUUUGGGGGGGGGUUGUUUUGUGUAUGUGUUUGUUGUUUGUUUUUUGUUUUGUUUUGUUUUGUUUUAGUUUUUCAAGACAGGGUUUCUCUGUGCAUCCCUGGCUGUCCUGGAACUCACCCUGUAGACCAGGUUGGCCUCAAACUCAAGAGAUUCACCUGCCCCCGUCCCCCGUGUGCUUGGAUUACAGGCAUGAGCAGUCACCACCCACCACCAGCACCACCCCAGCUUUGAGUAGCAUUUUUAAAUCCCAAACAUUUUGGCAUUAGAAACCUGGCAUAUCAUGCCAGGCAGGUGCAGAAAGGGGACGCCGGGCUCUCAAGACUGUGGUUUCCCAUGUCUUUGUCUCAUCACUGCUGUCCAGGGUUUGCUUCCAGAGGCCCUGACUGGAGUUGGAACAACCGCUUGUGGGGGGGGGGGGGGGAGGCUCGUCCAACUAGUCCCCACCAGCUCACAGACUCCCAUGUGGAGAGGAUUUCUAAGCUCCCAGCCUGAGAAACCCAGUCCCUGAGCACCUGCAAGCACCCAGUGGGCCGGGGCCUCCCACACUGUCCCUCUUUAAAGAAGACAGGCACUCAAGCAUCAGAGGAACUGGUCCAUCAGCUUGGGGCCGCCUCUGCCCCCAGCUUCUCAGGACUUUCUCGAAGGACCCACUCACUGACCAGUCAACUCGAUUUAGCCCCAGGUGAUUGGCUAAAAACAGCUCAGAGGCUCACUUCCAAACAGGCCCUCCACGUGGUCCUUUUGAGUGAAAAGUGACAAUUUUAGGAUGCACCAGCUGUUGCUCUCUCAAAAGACUGUGCUCGCCUUUGAAUAGAGAGGUGUGCAGUUGGCUCUGGGACGGGGUGCUAGCCAACUUGUUUGAGAAAGUCAAUAGUAGCAAACUUUGUGAACUUUUAAGUAUGCCCUGAACUUGUUUCUUUUAAAUAACCAUAGCUGCUUCUCUCAAAAGCUGUCAUUACUAAAGUCAGUUGCAGUCACUCCCACCAUGGCAAGUUAAAUCAUGUAAGCUUUCUAACGUCAUAGCUGUAGUACAUCUUCUGUCCAAAGAACUGCUCUUCUAGAGAGAACCUGACUUUUUUCCUUCCCCCUCUGUGUAACCCUGACUGUCCUGGAACUCACUUUGUAGACCAGGCUGGCCUUGAACUCACAGAGAUCCACUUGCUAGGACUAAAGGCAUGCACCACCAUGACCAGCUGACUACAGCUGGCUAUUUUUUAUAAGCACAGGACUGGGUUCACCUCUUCUUAAAGCACACUUCUGUUGCAUAGUAGGGUCCAGGAGAGAAUCACAUUCUAAGUCCCCAGGCCAUUGUGCCUGCUAGUGUUAGCACAUAUUGAUGGCCCUAGGAAGAAGGCAUGCUUCAAAUCAUGACAGGAAAAGAAAAAUGUUGUAUGAUUUCUGAGUAUUUAAAAAUCAUAAAAGAGUAGGAGCAAACACAAUUUCCAAAGGUCCUUUUAAAUUUUAUAUGCAUUUUUAACAAUAUACUUUUGCCUUUCAGAGUAUUCUAGGGAAAAAAAAAAAUUUUAAGUCAUUCAGCAUUUAUGGACUGGUUAUGUCAAAAUACACAAAUUUUGUGGAGAUGCGUAGAAUCAUCAGUAUUCCCUUCCUCGUCUCAUGAGAAGAAAGCGGCUAAACUCAGUAUGUAUACAUGCCCACGAAUAUUCACUGUAAAAAGUAAAAAUUUUAAAGGCACUUGCCUCUCAUGCAGCUGAGAAUGCAAAUCUUAUAAGCCUUCUCCAAAAUUCCUUUAUCCUGUGCCCCUCACAUCUAUAAAAGAAACAUACCGCAUCAUUAGGAAGAUGUUCAUGCACAGUGGGAAAGCCUUAUGUUACUGAAGCCUGGUGCUAGGCUUGGUAAUGUGGUCCCUCAAAUGCAUAAGGACAUAACACCGUCAGCCCCUACCAGCUUCCUUUCUGUGCGGGAGGUCAGUAUAGUCACCCAGGCCAAGCUGGCGGCCCCAGCCUAGGCCUGCGUAUCUCAAGCGUGUCUAACUUGGUUUUGGUUUUGUUGUUGGAUUUUUAAGGAAAUAAGCCAGAAGUAUUCUUUUGCCUUCCUGUCUUCUGAAAGAGAGGAAUCCUAUUUUUAACUUUUUCUGAAUUUGCUCUUUUGAAUUUUUCUAAUCAAGUUGCCUUUUCUGGAUGUUUUCUGUGAGCUAGUGGACUUCGCCAGGAUAGUCACAAGUCUGUGGUCUGGCUCUCUGGCUCCUAAGAAAAAAAGCCGCCUGAGUAUAAAUGCAGUCUUUUCCUCAUGUAUCUACCAAAAUAUUAUUACAGCAAUUCCAGGUUAAAGUGGGGAAAGAAGGUAGUGUGGAGCUGCUUUGGUUUGGUUUGGUUUGGUUUGGUUUGGUUUGGUUUGGUUUGGUUUGGUUUGGUUUGGUUUGGGGCAGAAGUGCCCCAGAGUUUGUGUGGGGUUCUGCUGUUGUUGUAUCCCGUAGCUUUCACAAGGUGGCGCUUUCAGAGAAAACUUUGAUCGAGUUUUAACUCUGACCAAGGCUGAAGAGGUUCUCUAGAGACAUUACUUCUGUUUUUCUGCACAUCUUUAACUGUCUCCUCUGUUUCUUCAUCAUGUUUCUUGGGAUAAUUAACAGUCUUCAUAAUAGUUUACUGCUUACAUACAUACUGCUUUUUACUAGGCUCUGAGUGACUGUAAACCAUGCUUGAGAGUGGCAUUUAAGCAAAUAAAGAAUGCCUUUACACUUGAGAAUGCCUUUACACACUUUUGGUGUGCCCAAAUUACCUGCAGUUCUAGGAUACCCAUGCACUUCCCUGAAGCCAGCCCACAUCUAUGAACAGGAGAGGUUUAGGCCCCAGCCAGAGCUCUCUCUCACACCCCGUGUCUGCUGCUUUCAUUCCUUGAUCCCUUGUGACCUUUUGACACUGAUUUAUCUCUGAACUCAAGUGAACAAGAUAAGUAGUGCAUCCGUAAUCAAGUAUGCAGAGCAUUUUCUUUAAAAACGUCAGUGCUCUGCAAAUAAUGAAAGAACCAGUAGUGUUUACACUCACACAAACCACAAAUGGAAACUCCUAAAUUUGGGGUCUAUCUGUAUGAACACAACACCCUCACUGAAUCACAGAUCUCAGGUUAAGCCCCUCAGCAAAAGGCCGAGUCCCCCCACCCUUCACCCCACCCCCGGGUCUACUCUCUGCCAUCCCGAGCCAGGCCCAGCGGGAUGCUGUGGGAAAGCCAGGGCCCUGCUGCAUUCAGCAACUUCUGUUGUGCCCUCUCCGGAAGCAGGGUGCUCUAGAGGCACGCGGCUGUCUCCCAAGUGACAAUAACUACAACACAGUUUGCUCACUGGCUCUGGUGUGCACAAGAUGGAAGCUGCUCUGCAAACUGCCAGAUGUCUCACACUCAGAGUUGUUCUGGUGUUUUGUUUUGUUUUGGUCUUGGCUUUUUUUGUAUUUUUUUAAGAUGUAUACUUGCAGAAGAAGUUUUUAUUCUUCUGUUUUCUAUCCUGAUUCCUGAUACCUAUGUGGUGACAAAAAAAAAAAAAAAAAAACCUCAUGAAAAUGUUUCAUUUUGAAAAUUUUUUCUGCUUCAAAUGGCAAAAGUAUGCAAUUCUUCACUUUCUAAAUUUCUACUUUUCUUUAGUGAGUAAAUUAUUCCUUGAACAGAGAGAGGAUUUUCCUUGAACAGAAAGAAGGCUUUUUAUGUGAAUUGUUAGGUCACACAAAUAAUGCCAUUAAACUGUCAAAUGUAGGGUUUUGGUUUUGGCUUUUAGGGGGCACUUUGACUGCCAGGAAUUAUGUCUAGCCCUGUAAUUUCUAACUCAGGCAAGGUUCUGGCCAGAUUCUGGUUGUGAGCUAAAGUUAGGGGGACCCUAUACUCCUACUUGAAGUUUUCUUUAGUUCUAUGAAAUACAGUAACAUGUAUUAGCCAGCAAUGUUUCUGUGGUCACUAGCAUCUCUGAGUUUGACCUUAAGUCUCUGAAUGGUAAAGUAUAGAUCCUACCAGUAAUCCAUUUCUUGAUAUCACAACCCCCAAUCAUGUGUCUUUCCACUUUCCACUAUAUGUAACAAUGCAUUCAUGUCUAUUUCAGUGCUUACUUUUAUUCAUUAUUUGCCUAUGAACAGUAAUUGAUGUAUUACUACAUGGAAUUGAUAGCAUACUAGGAACAGCACUUAGCAAAUGGGGAAUUUUUUUUGUCAAGUUCCACAUUUACAUAAAUUAUUGCUAUUAUUAUUCAUGUAUGUUAUUUAUUGAUAUACCACACCAGUCCUGUGAAAGUGCAACUAAAGGCAGAUAUGACUUAGAGUUAACGUUCAUAAUCAUGGUCUUGAUGGAGUCCAGGAAACAGAAAUUACAGUGCUACCCCAAAUAAGCUGUGUAAGCUUUUAACAUGAUAACUAGAUUUCAGUUGGUUAGGUGUAGUGCUUUGAGUAUCUAGGUGUCUUGUUCUGCUAAAAGAGGCAAAGCAAUGGGAUUUGUAGCUGUUGAUUAAUUAUAGCAGAUACUAAGGUAGCAUGCAGAGCUUGCUUUAGUUUCAGGACUGCCAGGUGGCCACCCAGGCAAAGCAGGCAUGUAGGUGCUGCCUCCUGUCUGGUUCUGGGAGAAGAGCUUCAAGCAAUGUAGUGCCCUCGUAGGUGUCCUAUGCAGCAGUGGAAGCGAGUGGUGCCAUGGUGAAGGGAGCAGUGUGCGGGCUGUUCUGUGGGCACGGAACUGGCGGCUUCUGCCGUGAGGCUUCCUUGCCGUGUUUUCAGACGUCAGGCAACUUUGCUGUAUACGGAAGCAGCCCGUCCUAGUAAUGAAAACUGGGAAUCCCCCAUCACCCUAAAGCCAGUUGCAUUUCUGCUGUUCCUGGUCUGAGCUGAAGGUCAGUGGUCAAGUGUUUGGUGUAGAAGGGCAGUGUGUGUGUUGGGGCGCAGAGCCACGUCCCAGAGUGCAUGUUGGCAGUAGGGACUGUGACAGGGUUGUCCUUUCUAGAUGUGUAGAAGUAUGUUUUGACUCUGAGGUGUGUUUUGUUUCUGUUUCCCCAUAGGGGCUAGUUAAAACUUGCUUCUAGAAGCUUCAGCAAAGCUGUGGUCCACAGUAAGCUGCUUUUUGUUUGACUUAUCCUUAGAAUAGAAAAUAUUUAAAGGUGAAAAGAAAUCUUCAUUUGGACAUUGGACUAGUGGUUUUCUGGACUGAAGUCACAGUCCUAGAACUACAGAGGUCACACCCAUCACAUACUAAGCUAGGUUGUGUAAGCUAGCCCCAGGAGUCCAGUGUCCCCUCGCUGUACAGCCCACCCCUGCAUCCCUCCCUCCCUCCCUCCCUUCCCAAAGGUGCUCCCUGACACCAGCCUGGCCUGUCCUGUUGGUGCUCCCCACCUCCUCAGCUGAGAUUUGGGCAUCAAGCACAUGAUGAGAAAUGCUUCCAGCACCAAGCAUGCUUGCCUAGGCCUGGCCACCGCCCCCACUUUGCCUAAUGCUGGGCACAGAAUGUACUGGUGAUAUCAGAAAGAAACACCCUCUGGCAUAUUUCUGUGCAUCCUGAUCUUUAAACCCAGUCAUUAUGCAGAAUGUUACCUGUUGGCUGUAAUCCAGGUUUGAAAAAACAACAACAUUCCAGGCUGCUGUAUCUGUCCAUCUGCUGGCCCUGUUUUUACUGCGUCUCUUCAUACUUGAAGGUCAUUCUGCUAUUUUGAUUUCACGGUGCAGACAUCGGAGUGCAUGUUCUCUUAAGGUGCAAAAUUACUCUCAUUCCGUUUGCGCAUACUGCUACAAAAUGCUCUGUUUUGGUGCUUUGGGCUCAGCAGGUCAAAAGCAGCACUGUGGGAAAUGGCUGCCUUCCCACAGUCGUCAAAGCGUGUGGGCAGGAGUCUCGGUAGUGGUGUUGCUUCUGCUCUUCUCUGUGCCCGCUAGAUGGAGUUAUCAGUCUGGCCUGCCAGGUCCACAUGGGACCUUUCUCUGAAUGGUCUGUGAACCCUGUGCUGUACUCAAGAGUGAGUGUGGCAUGUCCACUCUGGCAGCCCUACCUAUCCGGGUUACCAGCCGUCAGGAAAACAACCUCGGUGCUUAUAGCAGACAAGAGUGGAUAGGCCAAGCAAACCUGUGUUGCUCCACACAGAAAACCCUGAGGAAAAGCAUGAAAGGCUAUCUCUAAGGUCGCCCUUCAAAGCCCUGAGCUGAAGGCUUUUGUUUCCUUCCCUUGAAGCAGAUACUGGUCAGUUUAUCCAAGCCCUUCCCACUUACAGAAAUAGAGAGUAGAGGCGUGUGCUGUGUCUGUGUCAUCCAAAGACCAAAACUUCUAGCAGUGGGGUAUUUCAUAGAAGUCCGUUUUUAAAACUAGCUCAGGUAAGGGCUGACUCCAGGCUUUCUGCAAACAUCUUAACAUGACCUUCCCUGGAGAGAGAGCUACAGUGUCAUUUUGUGUCAGGGGGCGAGAGAUGAAACUGGCAGGAAAUUAAAUGGGUUACAGAUCAAUACUCCUAUGGAAACUGGAUGUCUUACUGGGUGCUAGAAUGCAAAUUUAGGUAUUUAUUGUCUGGUAAUGGAAUUCAUUGCUUUUUCAAAACCAUUGUUCAGAUGUCACUAUCCAUUGUACUCAACUUUUGUGCCUGCCAAAUUGGUUGAAACAAAACCAGAAAAUGGUUUGUUCAUUUGUCAUACCUUUUGUAUUUCUUACAAUAAAAAUGUGGUAGCAGAUAAAAA